UGCCGUUCUUUAGUCGUCGCGACUCGUCUCUCUCUCUCUCUCUCGGCAGUGAGUUAGCUGUCUGCCUGCCAGUCCUCUGCCCUGCCUCCUUCCUGACUGAGUGAAGAGCCCUGUCAUUGACUCAUCCCAUUCUUUAUAAGGAGGCGUUAAUAAUGCGAGACCGCUUGGCGUAGUACUGGAACCAGCCAGCCAGCCUGAACAGACCUUAACAGACAGACGCCGUCAAACCACCGGACGGACUGAAGCUAGCCUCAACAGCCACAGACAGAGAGCAGAGCAGAGGGGACUGGGAAGGAUGUCAGUCUGACGGGGACAGAGACUGUUGUCCUGUUUUAUUCUCAAUCUUCAAAAUACUUCCACCCCCUGGAUGGUGUUCAGCAGCAGGACACAGCUGCUUGUGGAGUAUGGGUACAACUGCCAGCACUGCGCCACAACCCGUCUCUGUGUCAGGCUCCAUAUCCUCUGUAGCAGCACCCCACCAUCCUCCUCCGCUUGAGAGUAUCCAUGGCAACGGGAUGGCGAACAGCAGGCAGUCUCUCAACACGAGCUCUUCCCAGAUGGUGAACAUCCACGGCAGCAAGGCCAAGUCCAUCAUCACUAACAAGGUCGCACCCGUCGUCAUCACAUAUAAUUGCAGACAGGAAUUUCAGAUCCACGAUGACCUCCUCAGGACAAACUACAAAGUGGGCCGGAUAUCAGACUCAAUGCCCGAACACUACUUGGUUCAGGGUGAGUUCUUCCUGGUCCAGGACGUGUACAGCAAGGCUGAUGUCCUGAACACUACAGGCAGCUACGGAGCGCCAAACUACCGCCAGGUGAAAGGAAGCUACCCGCUCUACGGCAUGGGCCAGCCCAGCCUGAAUGGCUUCAAACAGGUCCUCCAAAGGUUACAGAGUCAAGGGCAUGAGGAGGUGAUGUUCUUCUGUGUGCGAGAGGAGCCGGUGGUGUUCCUGCACCUGGAGGAGAACUUUGUUCCGUACACCCCCCGGAGGAAGGAGAACCUCCAUGAGAAUCUCCAUGGCCUGGACAAGGAGGAGACGGUGGAGACCCUGGAGCUCACCAUCAGGAAGGAGCUCCACGACUUUGCCAAAAUGAAUGAUAACGUGUUCUACGUGUAUAACGAUAUCGAGCACUUCAAGGGCGAGCCCCAGAAGAUGACCAUCACCUGUGAGGAGGACAUCCAUGUGACAGAGGAGGUCUAUAAGAGACCGCUGUUCACCAUGCCACUCUACAGGUACUACCGACUGCCACUACCGAUGGAGGGAGCGCCUCUAGAGGAGGAUUUUGAUGCCUUUGUUAGUGUUCUCAGGGAGAGCCCCAACCUGUCAUUGAGAAGGGAUGUUUCCAGGCCUCUGCCUGCCCUGUUGUUCAGCUGUCAGGUGGGGGUAGGGAGGACCAACCUAGCCAUGAUCCUGGGGACCCUGGUCCUCAACCACCUGAAGACCACCCAGGAACCACCACAAGUGGAGGAGGCAGAAGCCAAGCCCCUGUUCCAAGUCAUUCAGACCCUCAUCGACAAACUACCUGAAGGACAACAGGUCAUGGAAGAGGUUGACCAAGCGAUCGCCCUGUGUUCAGAAAUGCACAACAUAAAAGAAGCAAUAUACGAAAAUAAGAAGAAACUUGAAGCGAUCGGAGAUGAUUAUCAAAUUCAGGGAAGCACAACCAAAGACUACUUUCUCCACAGAGCCAUACAGAGCCUGGAACGGUAUUUCUACCUGAUUGUGUUCAACGCAUACCUUCAUGAACAGUAUUCUCUUGGCUUUGCGUCCAACUUCAGCCAGUGGCUGUGUGCUCACGCCUGGGUGUACCGCCUGCUGGCCUGUAUGGACCUAUCAGAACUCUCCGCUCCGCCCGAUCUCGUCACCAAGGGAGCCCGCGUUUUGGUUGCUCAUGAGUACCUGUCUCCAGACAUACUCAGCACAGUGAAGGAGAUGAAGGUGGCUAACUUCAGAAGAGUCCCCAAGAUGCCCGUCUACGGCAUGUCACAGCCUACAUCAGAGGCGACGGGUGCGGUGCUGACCCACCUGACGGAUGAGAAGAGGAAGUACAGCCACGUGCUGUGGGUCAACCUGCAGGAGGAGCUGGUUCUGGAGGGGAACGGACAGGUCUUCACUCCCAGAGAGCCUUCCUGUCUGGAGCAACACAUCCCUGUCCCCGCCACAGACCCCACACACAUAGAGAAACUAGAGACCGCCCUGGGAGAGGAGGUUCAGAGAGCCCAGAAGUGGCUGGAGGUGUCUCUGGAGCAGGAGAAACAGAUGAAGAUGUUUAAAACCUGUCUGACGGUCCAGGAGGUCUUCAACCAGUACAAGAGAACACACCAGGGACUGCUGUAUAAACGCAUCCCUCUGUCAGACUGCUGCGCCCCCAAGGAGGAGGACUUUGACCAGCUCAUGGAGGCCAUGAAGAGUACCUUGGCAGAGGACUCUCACUCAGCCUUCGUGUUUAACUGCUCCAACGGCAAGGGAAGAACUACCACAGCCAUGGUCAUAGCUGCCCUCACUCUCUGGCACUUCAAUGGGUUUCCUGAGUUCGGUGAUGAUGAGCUUGUCAGUGUUCCUGAUGCCAAGUACACAAAGGGAGAAUUCAAGGUGGUGAUGCAGCUAGUUAGACUGCUGCCGGACGGUCACCGGAUGAAGAGGGAGGUAGACAUGGCUUUGGACUCUGUCAGCGAGACCAUGACCCCCAUGCAUUACCACCUCAGAGAGAUAAUCAUCUGUACCUAUAGACAGAUUAAAAGUGGUAAGACUGAGAAGGAGGUGCAGCAGCUGCUUCUGAAGAGCCUCCAGUAUCUGGAGCGAUACAUGUACCUCAUCCUCUUCAACAGCUAUCUGCACCUGGAGAAGAAGGACUCCUGGCAACGAUCCUUUACCGCCUGGAUGCAACAGGUGGCAGCCAGGGCUGGGGUGUACGACCUUCUCAACCAGCUGGGUUUCUCCGAGUUUGAGAACCUUCGGGACACGCCACUCGCUAGGCUCCGCUGCCGCUGGCAACGACAGAACGUCCAAUCACGCCCCUACAGGGGGGUGUUCAUCUGAGCUGAGGAGAGAUCACUGUGAACUGCCAAACUAUGUCUGCUUCUGAAAUGACACUCUAUUCCCUAUACAGGGCUGGGAUUAGAGGGCCAUUUUAAUGCAACCUAUGUCCUCCUGUGCUCUUCUUUUUGAUAGUUUUAAAAUGUAAUAAUGCUUUUUUUUUUUUUUUAUGUAAUAAUGCUUUGUUUUUUAAAAAUGUAAUAAUGCUUU